AGAUGCUCUGCUUUUAUGGUCUAUAAAUCUAAUAAUGUAUUUAAUUACAGGGAAAAGAAAAUGAAAAUUCAGGAUAUUAAGAACAAUAUUAAAGAAGCUAUAGAGACAAUAGUGACAGCAAUGGGCAACUUGGCACCUCCAGUUGAACUAGCCAAUUCAGAGAACCAGUUUCGAAUCGACUACAUCUUAAAUUUAGCUAACCAGAUAGACUUCGAUUUCCCACCGGAGUUUUAUGAACACACAAAAACACUUUGGCAAGACGAUGGUGUGAAAGCCUGCUAUGAGAGAUCUAAUGAAUAUCAGCUGAUUGAUUGUGCACAGUAUUUUCUAGACAAGAUUGAUAUAGUCAAACAAAAUGAGUAUACACCAUCUGACCAGGAUCUUCUCAGAUGCAGAGUUUUGACAUCGGGAAUUUUUGAAACCAAGUUUCAAGUGGACAAAGUAAAUUUUCAUAUGUUUGAUGUUGGAGGGCAACGAGAUGAACGCCGAAAAUGGAUCCAGUGUUUUAAUGAUGUGACUGCUAUCAUAUUUGUGGUGGCCAGCAGUAGCUACAACAUGGUUAUACGAGAGGACAAUCAGACCAAUCGGCUUCAAGAAGCACUAAAUCUCUUCAAGAGUAUCUGGAACAACAGGUGGCUACGGACCAUUUCAGUAAUUCUCUUCCUGAAUAAACAAGAUUUGCUAGCAGAGAAAGUUUUGGCAGGGAAAUCUAAAAUUGAAGACUACUUUCCAGAAUUUGCUCGCUACACUACACCAGAUGAUGCAACACCAGAGCCUGGUGAGGAUCCCAGAGUUACAAGGGCCAAGUAUUUUAUUAGAGACGAGUUUCUUAGAAUCAGCACAGCAAGUGGAGAUGGAAGGCACUAUUGCUAUCCUCACUUCACGUGUGCAGUGGAUACAGAGAACAUCCGGAGGGUUUUCAAUGACUGUCGGGACAUUAUUCAACGCAUGCACCUUCGCCAAUACGAGUUGUUGUGAUGGACAGCACCUUUUUCUGUGUUUUGGACUCCUUAUUCCUUAUUAGAAAAGAAAAAAAACACCCUUGCCCACAAGGGAUGGAAGAGAACUGUUUGAAUCUCCCGUUGAUUUGCACCCCUCAACUUUUUCUCCUUGCUGGACAAUAGCAGCACUUCUAAGCUUGCUUCUUUACCCCUCGGACAGUUUGAGAUGGCCCCUAACACUUAAAGGCCAUUUCCAUGAGGACUCCCUAACACUGUUAUUAACAAAAAAAAAAAAGCAAAAAAAAAAAAA